UAAGUCGAAGGUGAACAACUUGUGUCAGACAUACAGCAGACAGAUAACUCGAACAAAACACAAGGCUGGAAAUAUACCAUGUAAUUUGUCUCGAAAUUAUAUUUCAAAAUGAAUCAAGUGUUCUCCAAGCUGGAAGUUUUGUAUAGAAAACGAAAACGAGAGCUCAAGGAUUGUCUACAGUUGAAAUGCUUUCAAGAGGAAUACGCUAAGGUAUUAGAGUGGUUACUGGAUGUCGGUAUGCCUUGUUUGGAAAAACCUUUGGAGAUAGCUCAGUCGUAUGGACAGACGCUUAGUUACCAUGGUAACUUCGAGAAAAUCCUGGCACCUGCUAAGAGUUAUAUACUCCAAGCUCAAGAUUUACUGGAGGAUGGUAGCAAUAUAGCUCAGUGGGGAACUGAUGAUUGCAUUGGUGUAAAGGAAAUGUCAAAGAUACUGAAGACGAGACUGGAUCAAUUCACUACAGUACUAGAGGAAAAACGUGUCGCUCUGGUCACAUGUAUGAAGUUUCAUGAAAUGAUCAGAGAUGAUGAUUGGUCUGAGUGCUUGUAUCACGUGUUUUCUUGUUGGUAUAAAUAAUUGGUCUGACUGUUAAUAUCACUUGGUUUGUCGUUUGUCUAAAUAAUUUGUUUGACUGUUAAUAUCACGUGAUUUCUUCUUCGAGUAUUUAAUUGGUCUGAUGGCUUAUGCAACGUGGUUUCUUGUUCGUGUAAAAAAUUUUCUGUUUGUUUAUAUCACGUGGUUUCUCCUUCGUGUA